CACUAGUUAUAUAUGUUCAAUCUAGCUACUAUGAAGAUAAAGCUUAAUGAGAAUGCAUGCGUGAUAAGCAAAUUAUGGUUUGAUCUCACACACUCUCAUUCACUACUCCAUCUUCAUCGUGUACCAACUACUGUUGUUUUGAGGUAUGAACUAAUACCUUCAACCUUUCCAUAUUGCUCCUCCUUAUCUGGCUAUCUAGUUCGUCUGACGCCUAUUAUCGCCGAUGUUUACUGGACUAAACAAAGGACUAGAUUAUGUGCUUUUCAUGUUGAAGCUUUUCUCUUUUCUGUGUUAAAGCCAGAUAUAUAUAUAUAUAUAUAUAGACACAACUUUCUUAGUAUGGGGGUGAUCAAGAUUCUUCUAGUUUCUCUAUGUAUGGUGGCCUGGUCAGAGUCUUCAGCUCCACUGAAAUCCGAAUCCGAUGACGGGCUAUUCAGAAUAAGUCUCAAGAAGCAUGCUUUAGACCUCAACAGAAUGAAAGCUGCAAGAAUCACUAGAGAAGGCGUUCAACAUCCUUCUUAUUCAAGUCCAAGGGAUAAUAGAAGUUCUAAUUCCAAUAAUAUGAAGGCCGUAAUAUACUUGAAAAAUUAUCUAGACACCCAAUAUUUUGGAGAGAUUGGAAUUGGUUCACCACCACAAACCAUGACUGUUGUCUUUGACACUGGAGGCUCAAAUCUGUGGGUCCCAUCUUCUAGCUGCAUUUUUUCUAUUCCUUGCUAUUUUCAUUCCAAGUUCAGACCAAGACUUUCCAGUUCCUAUACCAAAAUUGGAAUCCCUUGUAAAAUUCCUUAUGGUUCCAGAUCAAUUUCCGGCUUCUUCAGCCAAGAUCACGUUAAAGUUGGGGAUGUUGUCAUCAAAGAUCAAGAAUUUGUUGAGAUUACAAGGGAAGGAUUUUUGACAUUCUUGGCUACAAAGUUUGAUGGGGUUGUUGGACUUGGAUUCCAGGAUAUUGCAGUUGACCAAGCCACUCCCCUGUGGUAUAACAUGGUGAAGCAAGGUCAUAUGGCUCAAAAAGUCUUCUCUUUCUGGAUAAAUAGAGAUCCAAUGUCAAAACUGGGAGGUGAAAUUGUCUUUGGAGGCAUUGACUGGCGGCGCUUUACCGGCGACCACAUUUACUUCCCGGUUACUCGAAAGGGUUACUGGCAGAUUCAGAUGGGAGAUGUUCUAGUUGCUGGCGAUUCUACAGGCUUGUGCCUUGCUGGAUGUGCUGCCAUUGUGGAUUCAGGCACAGCCUUCCUCGCGGGUCCAACUGCAAUUGUUGCUCAAAUAAACCACGCCAUUGGAGCAGAAGGAUUUGUGAGCUUGGAAUGUAAAAGUGUGGUUUCCAACUAUGGGAAUUUGAUAUGGGAAUACUUGGUAUCAGGGUGUCUGCAGUUAAGACCUGAGGUAGUCUGUGUGGAUAUUGGCCUCUGUAUUUAUAAUGGAUCCCACUAUGUGAGCAAAAACAUUGAGACAGUGAUUCGCAAUGGAACUGGAGAAGGGUCAUUUAACAAAGAGACUGCUUUAUGCACUUUCUGCGAGAUGGUUGUCUUCUGGUUUCAAGUACAACUUAAACAAAAAAAGACAAAAGAUAAAGUCUUUAAAUUUGCAAAUGAGGUGUGUGAGAGGCUUCCAAAUCCGUUAGGAAAGCCGUUUAUCAGCUGCGAUAACAUGGGAAGCCUUCCAGACAUUUCGUUCACAAUUGGAAACAAGACCUUCUCCCUAUCUCCUGAACAGUACAUACUUAGAAUCGCAGAAGGCGGCACUACUUUCUGCAUAAGUGGGUUUGUUUCUUUGGAUGUGCCUUCUCCACAAGGUCCUCUAUGGGUCCUUGGAGAUCUGUUCUUGGGAGCAUACCACACAGUUUUUGACUUUGGAAACCUCCGAGUAGGAUUCGCAAAAUCCGCAUAACAAUUCUUGAAGAUCCCACAUUUCUGGCAUAAUACCAUUCGGGUUAACAAUAAGCCGGGCUAUGGACGUUGUAAAUAGUUAUAAAGGUAUAAUGGAAGAAGGGCGAAAGCCUCACUGGAUUGUGCACAUAAUAUGUCCUUAUUGGCUUCUAAUCAUGUUAGG